AUGGCCUGCGAAGGCCUGCCAGCACUAUUCGGAGUUGACUUGGUGAACAGGGCGAAACAAAAUGUGUCGGGGGUUGAUAUAACUUGCUGGUCCUGCGGCGAAACGAAAUAAUCUGCCAAAGAGACAUGUUCAACGAGCCGCUACUAAGACCGCAACAUGGUCAAACGUCGGGCCCUGUGCAAUCCCGCCAUGUGCCGCGACGGUUCUCGCCCCCGCGGGCAGCGGUGUCUGACAACAACGUGUGGUCAGCCUGCUGGUUCAGCUGGGUUACGCCGCUCAUGCGACAUGGCAGCCAGGCGCAGCUGCAGGCAGAGGACUUGCUCGAGCUUGACCCCUCGCUGCAGCCAUCAGCGUGCGGAAUGGAGCUCUGGCGCAGUUGGACCAAGGAGUUGCUACUGCGCCCUCGCCACCCCUCGCUACUGGCCGCACUGGCUCGGACGUACGGUGGCGCGUACGCCUGGCUAGGGCUGAUCAAGCUGCUGAAUGACCUGCUCAGCUUCUCCGGCCCGCUGCUGCUGCGCCUGCUGGUCACCUGGCUCUCCGCCUCCCCCUCCUCUUCCCCCUCCUCCCCCUCCUCCCCCUCCUCCCCCUCCUCUUCCCCCUCCUCCUCCCCCUCCUCUUCCCCCUCCUCAUCUCCCUCGCCUUCCUCGUCCCUGCAACUACCACUGCUUCUCUCCGACCCCCUCCCUUUCCCGGCGCGUGCCUGGUCUGUGCUUGUGUCGGAGUUGGGUCCGGCCAGCCCACGCUUCGGCCUGGUGUGUGUGGCGCUGCUGGCCGCGGCCUCAGUGCUGCGGGCGCUGCUGAACGCACACUUCAACUACCAGCUGAGCCGCCUGUCGUGCCGACUGCGUGCGGGGCUGAUGGUGGUUUUGUACCGCAAGUCGCUGCUAGCGCUCAAACAUGGCGGCGGCAGUAGCAACGGCCGUAAGGGCAGUAGCAGUGCGGCUGCUGCUGCUGGCGGCGGCGCGGCGGUGCACGCCGCCGAGGUGGCGGCGGCGGAGGCGGCGGAGGCGGAGCUGGAACAACAGCUACGCCGGUGGCGGCGUCAGCGGCUGCGGGGUGUGCCACGGUCCCGGCGGGAGCGAAUACGCGUGCGCGCGCCGCCGCUGCAUGACUGGGCAGCUGCCGAUGCCAAUGCCGGUGCUGACGCGGUGGGAAAGGCGGAGGAGGGGCCCGCGGCGCCAGCGGCGCCGCAGGCGGGGUCUGGGGAGGGGGCCAAGCGGCGGCGGCAGCAGGCCGCCGGACAGGGCGGCAGUAGCAGCGACGACGCCGCAGGCGGCAGUAGCAACCACGGCAGUAGCAGCCACGGCAGUAGCGGUGAGGACGUGGCCACGCUCAUGUCGGUUGACACGGGUCGGGCGGUGAACCUGCUGCUGUCGUUCCACGAGCUGUGGUCGCUGCCCUGGCAGAUUGGACUGGCGCUGUAUCUGCUGUACACACAGGUGCGCUACGCCUUUCUGGCGGGCCUGGUCGUGUCGCUGCUGCUGGUGCCCGCCAACCGCCUCAUUGCGGGGGCCAUACUGGCGGCGUCACAGCGCAUGAUGAGGGCCAAGGACGUGCGUGUGUCGGUCGUGUCGGAGCUGCUCCGCGCCAUCCGCCAGGUCAAGGCGGCGCCCGUGUGGCAGGAGUACUUCGUGGCCCGGGUGUCGGCGGCCCGGCGGGACGAGCUGCGCGGACUGGCUGUGCGCAAGUACUUGGACGCCCUGUGUGUGUACUUCUGGGCCGCCACCUCGUUGCUCUUCUCCGCGCUCACCUUUGCCCUGGUGGUGGCGCUGGGCGGCGGCGCCGCGCUGACGCCCGCCGUGGCCUUCACCAGUCUGGCGCUGUUCGGGCUGCUCACCGGCCCGCUCAACGCAUUCCCCUGGGUGGUGAACGGUGUGGUGGAGGCGCUGGUGAGCGUGUCGCGACUGCGUAGCUACCUGCUGCUGCGGGAGAGCCGCGCGCUCUGGGCCUACGACCAACUGGCGCUGGGCCUGCACGACCUACCCCCGGAGGCUGCGGCCGCCGUGCUUCGGGCCGUGUCGUCGGCCGCGGACGCCGUGUCUGGAUACGGCCUUCUGGCGUUGGGCGGAGAGGAGGAGCAUGGGGAGGAGGAGCAGGAGGAGGAGGAGGAGCAGGAGCAGGCGGACGGGGAGGGGGGAGGCGGAGGCGCGCGGCGGAACAGCCACGCCGGGGCAGUGGUCAUGACUGCGGUGGCGGGGGAGGAGGGCGGCGACGCCGAGGCGGCGGUGUACACACGCGGCUACGGCCGGGGAUUGCUGUCCGCCCUGUACGACAUCGCGGUCCACGGCGACUACGCCGGUUCAUCAUCCGUACACAACGGUCACGCCGGCAACGGUAACGGUCACACCGGCGCCGGCGGUAACGGCUUCCCACUUGGCGCCGCCGCUGCCUACGCCGCCGGCAGCCAUCCACUGGAGCGGCUGCUGCGGUCGCUGCCGCCACCGCCGCCGCCGCGGCAGGGUGCGGAUAGCCGCCAGCGGCGCCGCAGCGGCUUUGGCGGGUUUCUGGACGGCUUCCGGAGUAGCUUUGGCCGCAGCCCAUCGAGUCGGUUGCAGUAUCCGGACCGGUCUGUGCCGGGGCGUUACCGCGACCUCAGCGGCAGCGGCAGCGGCGCCGGCGGCGGCCGCGGCGGCCGCGGCGGCUCCGCUAUGUCGCGUACCUUCAGCGCUCCCGCCCACAGCCUGCGUACAGGCCUGGGCACCGCGGGCCCGUACCUCGGAGGAGCCGGACCAGCCGUCCGCCUGUCGGGCGGCGGCGACGGCGACGGCGGCGGCGACGGCGGCGGCGACGGCGGCGGCGACGGCGGCGGCGACGGCGGCGGCGACGGCGGUGGCGGCGGCGGCGCAGGUGGUGGUGGCGGUGGGAGGGGGCGGCCGGCUGGUAGCGGCGGCGGUGCGGAUGCGGGUGCGGGCGGUGGCGGCGAGGUGCUGCCGCCGCCGGCUCGCUCCAUGGCAUGGGCGCAUGCCUUCCACUCCGCCAAACUGCGGCAACAGUCGCUGGACUCCGCCACUGAGCAGGCGCUGCUACAGCCGCUGAGACAGCCGCUGCUACAGCCGCGGGAGCAACCCCCGCCGCCACAGCCGCAGUUCGGCCGCACCAGCGUGCGGGCCAGCCGGCGCAGUAGCGACUCGGUGUUCAGCGUCAUACCCGAGGGCACCGAGCCAGCUGCAGCCACCGCCGGCAGUAGCAACGCCACCACCCCCGCAGCAGCCGACCUGCUCGCAGGGGCUGUAGCCGGCGGCGGCGGCGACGGCGGCGGCGGUAGCGGCCGCUUGGGAGGUGCGGGUGCUACAGCCGGCGGCAGCAGUAGCGCGGCUUUAGGCGGCGGUGCCGACGGCGGCUCUUUCUACCGGCCCGGGCCGGUUUCGACCCAGGUGUUCGAUGACCGCUACCCGGCCGCACCGCCCGGCUCAGACCAGGAUCCGGCGGAGCUGGAGCACCACGUGGGCGACGGGCUGGAGGGCAUGUUCCGGAUCCAGCCGGAUGAGGGUGACGAGCAGCUGGCGGCGGCGCACGUGGCGGUCCUGAACAGGGCCACGUUCGGCUUGGCGCCGGGCGCGCGGCCCUGCCUGCAAGACGUCACGUUGGCCAUCCCACGCGGCGCCCUGACGGCGGUGGUGGGCCGGGUGGGCGCCGGCAAGAGCAGCCUGCUUGCGGCGCUGCUGGGCGGUGGGGAGCUGCCGCUGCGACGCGGUCGAUGCCGCCUGCUGCAGAGCCCCUUUGGCAGCGGCCUUGGCGGCCCUGGCUUUGGCGGUGGCUUUGGCGGCGGCUUUGGCGGCGGAGGCGGCGGCCGUCGUCUGGCGUACGCGCCGCAGACGGCGUGGGUGGUGCCGGGCGCGACUGUGCGGCGCAAUGUGCUGCUGGGGGCGCCCAUGCUGCCCGGCCUGUACCGCAAGGUGCUACACGCCUGCUGCCUCCUGCCCGACCUGGCGGCCAUGCCGGCUGGUGACCUCACACGUUUGGGCGACAACGGCAGCAACCUGUCAGGCGGCCAGCGCGCGAGGCUGGGCCUGGCGAGGGCGUUGUACCACGCCGCACUGCCCGCCGCCGCCGCCGCUGCCGCCAGCAUGGCCGUUGACACGGGCGGCAGCGGCAGCGGCUGCGGCGGUUACAUCAGUUACGACGGCUACAGCGGCACAACCCUCCCAGAUCGCAGCGCCACGCUCAACGGCCACAACAGCAUGGCAGAUCCAGAUUUCGUAGCAGCAGCAGGACUGGGGGGCGUUGCUGGAUCCGGAUUUGAAGCGGAUGAGCUCAUGGCGGAAACGGAAUCCAGGGCCGACCUGCUCGUCCUACUGGACGACGUGCUUGCCUCGCUGGAUCGAGCCUGCGCCGCCCACGUGGUCACCCACGCGCUGCUGGGCCCCCUGCUACUGCCGCAGCAGCAGCAGUCGCGGUUCCAGCCGCACAAGGCUGUAGCAGCACCCGCCGGCGCCAGCGAUCCCUCCUCGACAACCCCCUUCGGCACCUCAGCCGCCGCCGCCACCCCGCCUGCUGCAGCCGUGCCUGCUGCUGCCGUGCCUGCUACAGCCGGCCCGUCGGUGGUGGUGGUCACCAGCGACACCCAGGUCAUCCGCGCGGCGGCGCUGGUGGUGGUGCUGGAGGCGGGGCGGCUGGUGUAUGCGGGCGGGGCGGAGGGCUACUUCGCCAGCCCGCACUGCAUCCACCACCAGCACCCCCACGACCAGCACCAUCAUGGCCAUCACCAUCAUGGCCACGGCCAGCAGCACAGCCACGGCCAGGGGCAUCUUGCAGAUGGCAACGGCUCGCAUGACCAGAGCAAGGGCACAGCGCUCCCCGACGCCGACAAGGCGAAGGGAAAGCAGGAGGAGGCGGCGCUCGCCAGCGGCGGCGGCACCAGCGGCGGCCGCGCCAGUGGCGGCGGCAGCAGCGGUGGCGGCACCAGCGGCGGCAGCAGCGAUGCCGGAAGUGCUCCGCUCCUUGCAGCCGCUGGCAACGGCGGCGGAGCCGCCGAGGACGGCCUUGGCGACAACCUGCACAGCGGCGGUGGCGGCGGCGUCGCCGAUGGGGAGGAGGAGGAGCGGGAGGCGGGUCACGUGCGGUGGCGCGUGUACCGGCGCUACCUGUCCGCUGUGGGCCCCGGCGUGGUUGUUUGCGUGCUGCUGAGCCUGGCGGCUAUGCAGGCGAGCAAGAACGCCAGCGACCUGUGGGUCUCAUUCUUCGCAGCACAGCAGCAGCAGCCGGCUGCGGCUGCUGCUGAUGUGGUGGCUGUAGCAUCCCCGGCGGCGGUGGCUGUACCAUCCCCAGCGACGUUAGUAGUGGGCGGGGCGGUAGGGCUGGUUGCGCCGGCCUGGCGCUGGUGCGCGGCUGCUACAGCCGUGCGGGCGGCGGCGGUGCCGGCGGUGGGGAGCUGGUCGGGGGCGGGGGCGGGGCUUGGGUUCGUGCCGGCGGUUAGCGGCGCCGCCAUGUGCCCCAUGGCGGCUUCGUACGGGAAUGCUGCGGGCGGCGGCGGCGAUGGCGAUGGCGUGUCGUGGAUGCUGAACAACCCCCUGUGGCACCUGGGCGGCGCGGCGGAGCUACAGCCAGAGCCGGAGCUGCAGCCAGAGCCGGAGCUACAGCCAGAGCCGGAGCUGCAGCCAGGCAAGCUACAGCCUGCGGGGACGGAUGCGGAAGCGGAAAUCGCGCCAAACGCCGCCGCACAGAACCGCAGCCGCCUACAUCGCCGACUUCUGGACGAGCGGGCGCAGGUAGCAACGGCGCACAUGGCGGACACCUCUUCCUCCGCCUCCUUCCCCUACACUGGUUCAACUGGCGAUGCUCCUGCCGCCGGCAGCGGCGGCGCCUGGUCUGCGCGCACCUUCCUGCUGGGGGUGCUGGCCAUCGCCGCCGCCAACGGCGUGUUCACGCUGGCCCGCGCCUUCUCCUUCGCUCUGGCCGGCAUGCGCGCUGCCGCGCUGCUGCACGAGCAGCUGCUGGCGGCGGUGCUGGCGGCGCCGGCGGCGUUCUUCGACGCGGUGCCGCACGGCCGCAUUCUGAACCGCUUCUCCUCCGACGUGACCGCCUCCGACGACUCGCUGCCGUUCAUCCUUAACAUAGCGCUGGCCAACGUCGCCUCCCUGGCCGGACUGCUGGCGGUGCUGUGCUACGCCGCGCCGCCGCUGCUUCCGCUGCUGCUGCCGCUGGCGUGGAUGUACAGGCGGUUGCAGUUGUACUACCGCGGCAGUGCACGUGAGAUCCGGCGGUUGGAGGCGGCGGCGCUGUCACCAGUGUACGGCGCCUUUGGCGGGCUAUCGGAGGCGGCGCCAGUGGUACGGGCCUUCGGCGCACAGCCUUACUUUGUGGCGCAGGCGGUGGCGGCGGUCACGAGGCACCAGCGGGCCGCCAUAACCAAUGGCGCCGCCUCCGCGUGGCUGGGCCUGCGGCUGCAGCUGCUGGCGUCAGGGCUAGUGGCGGCAGUAGCAGCCCUGGCGGUGUGGCGCAGCGGCCGAGGCUUCGGCUUCGGAGAUGGUGGCGGCGCCGGCAAUGGCAGUAGCGCUAGUGGCGCCGACGGCGGCAAACUCGGUGGCAGUAGCAGUGGCAGCAGCAGCGGGGACUUGGUGGCGAGCCUGGCAGGUCUGAGCCUUGCGUACGCGCUGCCGGUGGUUGGGCUGCUCAACGGUUUGCUGACGUCAACCGCCGAAACCGAACAGGAGAUGGUGGCAGUUGAGCGGUUGAUGCAGUACACCGAUGACCUGCCGCCGCAGUCCAACACGCUUCCGCCCGCGCCGACAACAACCGCAAACGCCGUGCCGCCAAUUGCCGGCAGCACGGCGGUAGCAGCCGCAGUGGCAGCAGCAGCAGCAGCAGCCGCAGGCGCUGCAGAGGCGGCAGCAGCAGCGGCUGUAGCAUCCGCCAUGCCGCCGGCGGGCCUGGAGCCAGUGGCGGCGUUUGAGGGCGUGGUGCUGCGCUACCGCCCGUCGCUACAGCCGGCUCUUGCGGGCUGUAGCAUGGGGGUGGGCGCUGGCGAGCACGUGGGCCUGGUGGGGCGCACGGGCGCGGGCAAGAGCAGCGUGGUGGCGGCCCUGCUGCGGCUCACAGAGGUGGAGGCAGGCCGCGUGUUGGCGUACGGCACGGACGCCCGCGCCCAGCCCCUGGCCCGCCUCCGCGCCUCCCUGGGCGUGCUGCCGCAGAGCCCCUUCGUGGCCAGCGCCAGCGUGCGCCUCAACCUCGACCCCGCCACAGCUGUAGCAGCCGCCUCCGGCACCGCUACUGCUACUGUGGUGGUUGUGGGGCUGGGUGGUGGUGCAUUGUCUGGGCGCAGCGGCAGGCGAGGGUCGGGCGGCGUGGAGCAGCUGCGUGGGGACGGGCUGCCGCCGCUGGCGCGCCUGACAGACGCAGACCUUUGCGACGCACUGAGGCGGGUGGGGCUGUGGAGCGCACUGGUGGCGGCGGCGGCACACCGCCGCCGGCCGCGCCGCCGCGGGGUUGCCACCGCCACCGGUGACAACUGCAGCGGCAGCGGCGGCCGUGUGGCAGCGGGCGGUGUUGGUGUUGACGUGGGCGUUGAUGAUGGUGGUGAGCUUGAGGGGAGCGAGGGUGUGGCCGGGGCCCGCCGCUCACUGGAGCAGGAGGUGUUGGCGCUGCCGCUGGGCUCGGGGCCCGACGCUGUGGGGCUGAGCAGCGGGCAGCAGCAGCUGUUGUGCCUGGCGCGGCUACUGCUGCGGCCGCGGCGGCUGGUGUGUCUGGACGAGGCAACAGCCCACGUGGACCCUGCUACAGCCGCCACCAUUCGGGAGGUGGUCGCCACGGAGCUGCUACUGCGGCCUCCUCUUUCGGCGGCGGCUGUAGCAGCCGGCGGGCGUGCGGCGGCUACAGCCGCUGCGGGUCAUGGUGCCGGGGCGGCGAUGACAUCGGCGGUGCAUGAGCGCGGUGCGCGGCGGCGGCGGGAGCUACAGCCGUGGGGCGCGUGUGCGGUGCUGGAAGUUGCGCACGACCUGUGGGCGAUCGCGGCGGCGGACCGCGUGGUGGUGAUGGAGGCGGGCAGGGUGGUGGAGGCGGGACCACCGGGAGAGCUGCUGCGGCGGCCGGGCGGCCGCUUCGCCCGGCUGCAUGCGGCUGCGGCUGUAGCAACUGCUGGUUCGGCACAUGGGGAGCAGACAGUGUCGGUACGGUAGGCUGGUAGGUACUUUAGUUUUUUCAGGGUGUCUGGUGAGGAAGUUCUGGGCCGCCAAAGUUGGGGGGCCGGUCCUCGUCCCUGGGGGUCCGUCGGGUUUCGGGAGCCCAUCCCGGAUUUCGCGAAGUGCCCCACAAGCAGAACUAGGGGGCCAAACGUAGGGGCCAAACGUAGGGGCCAAACGUAGGGGCCAAACGCAGCAAUACGAGGCUCACAAAUGCGCGUUAUAACGUAAUAAGCACAAACCAAGCGUGGGAUGGCUAAGUUGCGCGUCCGGGCGUGGACAUGUCGGCACAUGUCCCCACAUGCGACACAUGCGCACUGCCACGGCUGGGCUCUCUAGCGCUGGUGCGCAUGAGUUCACGUCUAACAAGGCUGCCGAUGCACAUUGUCCAUUCGUCACACGGCAGAGAGUUGAGCGCGGGGUGGGCUGUGUCGCGGGGAUUUCCAUCAGCCGCACCCCUGCUACGACCCUCAGAGGCUAAGACGCCCCCGACCCCAAGUCCUUGCCUCAGAUGAUAGAGCUCCCAGAACCCGUGCCAGCGUGCCCCUUUGAGCUCAAAGUGCAGCUUAAGUUGCGGUACCGUACGUGUUUGCGCCGCCCGGUGGGCAGUAGCGUGGUGCCCAGCGAUUUCGCAACAUAGGCAGUGUGCAGUCGGAUGCGGUCAGCUGCAAUCGUGAUGGCGGGCCUACGUACCCAGCACGGGUAUCGUAUCUGAUUGCGGCCCAUCAGAAACAGUACACGCGCUCUGAGCCCCUGCGCUGUUCUGAACACUGUUCCCACAGCUGCGCCCCUGCUGUUCCCAUCCCAUGUUUGUUGGGUUUCCCUCCUUAAGCUCUGGCGUUCGGCCGGCCGCGCGCUCCUGCACUGCCGUCGCAAAUUGUUUGCCAUGUGCUGGAUGGGGUCAGGGAAUCACGGCACCCUACGGGAAUUCACCAACCCAUUGGCGCGCGCCUCGCAAGGUGCGUGGCCGGUAAGUAGUUAGAACGAUUCCGCUUUCGUCAGCUUGCACACCCUCACAUUUCCCAGCUUGCCUUCUGGGCUCCUGCAUCACGUAUUUCCUGCUAUUACCGCCACCGUAAUGACGGGUUCCCGACUGGCUGGAUAACACAGGCGGGUGCACGGCUUUCUGCUCGAGCGUGCCUUGGAGAGCCAGCUGGCUCGCGAUCGCUUCGUGAGGAGCAUUCACAGCGGUAAUGCGUGACAGGCGGAAAGUGGUGACAGCAGGUACGGACGUGCCUGGCGCCUGAUAGGAUUAGUGGCCAUGUGCCCAGGCGAGUACGCUGUGCCUGGCGCCUGAUAGGAUUAGUGGCCAUGUGCCCAGGCGAGUACGCUGUGCCGAAUGGGCCCAGACUAUGUGCCCGCGAGUACGCCGUGCCGAAUGGGAAAUAAGUAAAGAAUGAUUACGCCUUUCCAUAAGUCAGGGCGUGGAUUUACGGAGCCGACGGGGUGAGGGGGUUUUAGUCCCCAAUACCCGCCUGCUACUCAGAACAUGCAUGGUCAGCACUACGCUCUAGGUAAGCGCCGGUUUACCCGGCGUCCCCCAUGUUUAGUGGCUACCCUCGUUCGGCCCGGCUGCUUGUCCGGACAUUGUCGUUGAGGGUGGAGACGGCACGGUCAUGAAGUGUAUUGCAGCAGGUGGAGGCACCCGCGGAGCGGACACCUAGUUUUCGAUGCAACGUCGGGAGGUCAGCUCGUAUUGUGCCGGCAACGCCCAGCUGUUUGCCUCUUGCUUGGUGUAUUGGAAUUUCCACCCUGCCCGGCGUAGGAGGUGGGCGAGCUUAUCAUGUGGCUUGCAUGGCCUUGGCGUGGGCCUUGGUGUGCAGAAUGGGUCCGGGCCGAGCGAGUGCGUGCGAGAGCAGAUGUUUGUGCUUGUGCGAUACGGCAUAGGCCAAGAGGUGAGCCUGGCGCCGCGGAGCUGUGGGGGUGCUGUAUUGAUGUUUAUAUGUGUAGGGGUCCAGCCAACAUAUACGGUAGUCCCGUGUCUGAUGGAUGCGCAGCUAGAGGGCAGCAAGAUCGCUGCUGCGUGUCUUGGGGUCAGGGUCCUGGCGGCCAUAUCCAUAUCUCUUGUAAGCGCUGCAAAUG